AGGGGCCCCCCUCGGCCGCCCGACCUCAGCCCCCCUCCAGCCCUGAGCUGCCCCACGGCCAUGGGGACGCCGCCGUUGUCGUGAGCCCCUCUGCCAACCGCCCAUCCCCGCUGCCACCGAUCCUCUGGGCAGGGCUUGGGACAGGAUGUGCGGACGACGAUGAUGAUGGCGAGGAAGCAAGAUGCCCGCAUCCCCACCUACAACAUUAGCGUGGUGGGUUUAUCCGGGACGGAGAAGGAGAAGGGGCAGUGCGGCGUGGGGAAGUCGUGUCUCUGCAACCGCUUCGUGCGGCCGAGCGCCGACGAGUUCCACCUGGACCACACGUCUGUCCUCAGCACCAGCGACUUCGGGGGGCGGGUGGUCAACAACGACCACUUCCUCUACUGGGGGGAGGUGGUGCGGUCACUGGAGGAGUGCGCGGAAUGCCGGGCCCACGUGGUGGAGCAGACGGAGUUCAUCGACGACCAAACCUUCCAGCCGCACCGCAGCACCGCGCUGCAGCCCUACAUCAAACGCGCCGCGGCCACCAAGCUGGCCUCGGCUGAGAAGCUGAUGUACUUCUGCACCGACCAGCUGGGCUUGGAGCAGGACUUUGAGCAGAAACAGAUGCCGGACGGGAAGCUGUUGGUGGACGGCUUCCUGCUCUGCAUCGACGUCAGCAGGGGGAUGAACCGCAAUUUCGACGAGCAGCUGAAAUUCGUCUCCAACCUCUACAACCAGUUGGCCAAGACCAAGAAGCCCAUCGUGGUGGUGUUGACCAAAUGCGACGAAGGCGUGGAGCGCUACAUCCGCGACGCGCACGCCUUCGCCCUCAGCAAGAAGAACCUGCAGGUGGUGGAGACGUCGGCUCGCUCCAACGUCAACGUGGAUCUGGCGUUCAGCACGCUGGUGCAGCUGGUGGACAAAAGCCGCGGGAAGACCAAAAUCAUCCCCUACUUCGAGGCGCUGAAGCAGCAGAGCCAGCAGAUCGCGGCCGCCAAGGAUAAAUACGAGUGGUUGGUGAGCCGCGUCGUCAAGAGCCACAACGAGACGUGGGCCGCCGUCAGCCGCAAGAUGCAGACGGCGCCGGAGUACCAGGACUACGUGUACCUGGAGGGCACACCUAAGGCCAAGAAGCUCUUCCUGCAGCACGUCCAGCGCCUGAAGCAGGAGCACAUCGAGCGCAGGAGGCGGGCGUACCUCGCGCUGCUCCCGCAGGCGUUGGACGCGCUCGUCCCCAACCUGGAUGAGAUCGACCACCUGAGCUGCGCCAAGGCACAGCGGCUGUUGGAGGGGAAGGGGGACUUCUCCAAGUGGUUCGUGGUUCUGGAGGAGACCCCGUGGGAUGCCACGAGCCACAUCGACAGCGCCGACACCGAGCGCAUCCCCUUUGACGUGAUGGAGACGCCGGCAGCCGAGCAGCUCUACGAGGCUCACCUGGAGCGGCUGAGGAACGAGCGGAAGCGCGCCGAGAUGCGGAGGGCUUUCCAGGAGAACCUGGAGGCGUCGCCCUUCGUGACGCCCGGGAAGCCCUGGGAGGAGGCACGCAGCUUCAUCAUGAACGAGGACUUCUACAUGUGGCUGGAGGAGCCGGUCUACAUGGACAUCUACGGCAAGCACCAGAAGCGCAUCAUCGAGAGGGCCAAGGAGGAGUUCCAGGAGCUGCUCCUGGAAUACUCGGAGCUCUUCUACGAGCUGGAGCUGGACGCCAAACCCAGCAAGGAGAAGAUGGGGGUGAUCCAGGAGGUGCUGGGCGAGGAGCAGCGCUUCAAGGCGCUGCAGAAGCUGCAGGCGGAGCGCGAUGCGCUCAUCCUGAAGCACAUCCACUUCGUCUACCACCCGACCAAGGAGACGUGCCCCAGCUGCCCGCUCUGCGUCGACUCACGCGUCGAGCAGCUCCUGGGCUCCCGCACCGCCCGCCCGGCCGAGCGCAACCAGAAGAACUUCCUCUCGGAUCCCAACGUCGACCGCAUCAACCUGGUGAUCCUGGGCAAGGACGGCCUGGCCCGCGAGCUGGCCAACGAGAUCCGGGCGCUGUGCACCAACGACGACAAGUACGUCAUCGAGGGCAAAAUGUACGAGCUGUCGCUGCGGCCCAUCGAGGGCAACGUGCGGCUGCCCGUCAACGCCUUCCAGACGCCCACCUUCCAGCCCCACGGCUGCCUCUGCCUCUACAACUCCAAGGAAUCGCUCUCCUACGUGGUGGAGAGCAUCGAGAAGAGCGCGGCGGGACGGAGGGAGAACCACCCGGCCCACCUCCCGCUCACCCUGAUGCUGGUCAACAAGCGCGGCGACGCGGGCGGCGAGACACUGCACAGCCUGGUGCAGCAGGGCCAGCAGAUCGCUGGCAAGCUGCAGUGCGUCUUCCUCGACCCCGCCGCUGCCGGCAUCGCCUACGGGCGCAGCGUCAACGAGAAGCAGAUCAGCCAGGUGCUGAAGGGGCUGCUGGACUCCAAGAGGAGCCUCAGCCUCAUCUCGGCGCCCUCAGGCCUCAAGGAACUGGCCGACGUGGAGCUGCGUGUGGCCAUGUGCUUCAUGUGCGGCGACGCGGCGGGCGCCGACGAGCUGCUGGCACCCAUCCUGCAGUCCCCGCUGUGCCGCCCGGCGCCGUGCGGCAGCUCCGUGCUGCUGGAGCUGUGCCUGGGGCAGCAGCGGCGGCGCGUGGAGCUCUUGCUGCUCUCCUACCACGCGGCCUUUGGUGUGCGCAAGAGCCGCCUGGUGCACGGCUACGUCGUCUUCUACGCGGCCAAGCGGCGCGCCUCGCUGGCCAUGCUGCGCGCCUUCCUCUGCGAGGUGCAGGACGUCGUUCCCGUCCAGCUGGUGGCCUUCAUCGACGGCUCCGUGGACAUCCUGGAGAGCGACGUGAGCCGCGAGCAGGUGGCCGAGGGCGAGGAGAUCGCUCAGGAGAUCGACGGCAAGUUCGCCGCCGUGGCGUACGGGCAGACGCAGCCCAAACUGGACAGCUUCCACGCCUUCUUCAAGGAAGCGCUGGAGAAGAAGAUGCUGGUGGAGGCCAUGCACAUGUACGACCACGCGGCCGAGGCGUGUGGGGCGGAGGAGGCAGCGGGAUCGCCGCGUGCCGCCUCGCCGCAGUGCAACUCCCACCCGCCCGACUCGGAGGAGGACGCGGAGCCGUCGCCCUACGGCUUCUGCCGGGACGACGCGGCGCUGCCCAAGGAGCACUCAAAGCUCUCGGUCGAACUGGAGGGGAACGACGGGCUGGCCUUCAUCUCGGUGGUCAGCGCCUUCGAGAGCAAGCUGAACAGCAAAGUGCCUCCGCCGGUGAAGCCGAAGCCGCCGGUGCCCUUCGAGCUGGGCAAAGGGGAUCUCUCCUACCUGGAGCAGGGCCAGAGGAAAUCGGUGUCAUGCGGCAGCUGGCCGCCCGCCGACGCCUUCGACCCUUCGGAUUACGCCGAGCCGCUGGACGCCGUGCUGAAGCCUAAGAGCGAAGAGGAGAACAUCUACUCGGUGCCCCACGACAGCACCCAGGGGAAGAUCAUCACCAUCCGCAACAUCAACAAGAGUCAGCCCAACGGCGGCGCCAACAACGGCUCCGACAGCGAGGCUGACAGCAGCUCCCUGGAGCGCGGCGGCCGCAAGCUGUCGCUCCUCGCCAAACCCGCGCUCUAUCGGACGCGCUGCGCCCGGCUCGGCCGCUUCGCCACCUACCGCAGCAGCUUCGGGGUGGGCAGCGACGACGAGCUGGGGCCCAUCAGGAAAAAGGAGGAGGAUCAGAGCUCGCAGGGCUACAAGGGAGACAACGCUGUCAUCCCCUACGAGACGGCUGACGGGGAGGAUCCACGGAGGAGGAACAUCCUGCGCAGCCUCCGGCGGACCACCAAGAAACCAAAGCCCAAACCUCGGCCGUCGCUCACCAAACCCAUGUGGGAGAGCAGCUACUUCGGGGUGCCCCUCAGCAGCGUCGUCACCGCCGAGAAGCCCAUCCCCAUCUUCAUCGAGCGCUGCAUCGAGUACAUCGAGGCCACAGGGCUCAGCACCGAGGGCAUCUACCGCGUGAGUGGCAACAAGUCUGAGAUGGAGAGCCUGCAGCGGCAGUUUGACCAGGACCACAGCCUGGACCUGGCCGAGAAGGAUUUCACCGUCAACACGGUGGCCGGGGCCAUGAAGAGCUUCUUCUCCGAGCUGCCUGAGCCCUUGGUGCCCUACAGCAUGCAGGUGGAGCUGGUGGAAGCCCACAGGUCAUCCCAAAACCCAGCAGUGGGGCUCAGGGUUACCCUAAGACCCAACGGGGCGGCUCAGUUGUCACCCCACCAAUGGGGCUUGGCGAGUUGUUGCUCUUGCAUCCCUACACCGUCGGGGCAGCGCUGGGCCCAUCCCCACCACCUCCCCUCCUUUAGGGUGAGCCACCACCACCGCGUGAACCUGAUGACGAGCGAGAACCUCUCCAUCUGCUUCUGGCCGACGCUGAUGCGCCCCGAUUUCAGCACGAUGGACGCGCUGACGGCGACCCGCACCUACCAGACAAUCAUCGAACUCUUCAUCCAGCAGUGCCCCUUCUUUUUCUACCACCGCCCCAUCCUCGACCCCCCCAGCGCCGCCCCAGCCUCCCCGUCGGCCGCCGUUCCCCCCCCCGGCGUCGUCCCCUUCGCCCCCAUCGCGACGCAGCCUUCGCCCCCCAGGACCCCUCCGCCGUCGCCGCAGUCGCCCGUCCAAGCGCUCAUCCCGGCCCCGCUCCACGCGGAGCAGCACUCGCUGUGAGCCGGGGCGGGGGGCGAGGGGGUGGCGUUGGGUGGGAGAAACGAGGGGGGGGAAAAAAAAAAAUGAGGAAAAAAGGAGAAAAACAAACAAAAAAGAAACAACCACACACAUGUAGAGCUCGGCUUGGGCUUGGGCGUCGCUUGCCCUCCUCCCUCCCGGUAUGGACUUCUGGAGCUGGGAGGGGUUCCCAUUUUUGGGGUGGGGGGGUGAGGAGCUCAGCGCUGGGCUUUGGGCUCGGACUCGGUGCGCUGAGCAGAGCCCAGUGGGGUGGGGGGCAGCUGAGCCCCUGAUGUCCCACGCGAUGCCGUGAGGUGCGGAGCGACGCGGCCCCACUGCAUCCAACGGGGUUUGGUGCAGCCCAGGGCUCUGCUGGGGGAGUCCCAUGCAGUCUGGUGGUCAGCCAAUGUGAUCUGCUGUGUGUCCUGCUGUGGUGUGGGGCCUCCCGGGGCUCUUCUGUCGGGGUUGAAUGUGACCCAGGAUUUGUGCGGUGUCAUCCGACGUGGUGCGGUGUUCAUCCGGUGGGGUCCAGGACUCAUCCAGCACGGUCCUUUCUGUGUUCUGCUGCGGUGUGGGGCAGCCCGGGGCUCUUCCACAACGGUCCGAUGUGGUCCAACGCUUUUUUGACUUGACCCAGCACUUAUCCGACGUGGUCUGGUGCUCAUCCAGCUUGUCCGGUGCGAUCCAGGACUCGUCCAACGUGAUCCAAUGUGGCCCAGUGCUCAUCCAGCAUGAUCCAGCCCGUGGUCUGUCGCAGCCCAGGGCUCUUCCGACGGGGUCCUGUGUGAUCCAGCGCUCGUCAAACGUCGUCCAACAUGGUCCAGUGUUUGUCCAACUCAUCCAGCGUGAUCCGGUGUGCAGUCUGGUGCGGCCCAGGGCUCUCCCAGUGGGAUCCAACGUGACCCAGCACUCAACCAGUGUGCUCUGAGGUAGUCCAGGACUCACCCAGUACGACCCAGUGUGAGUUUUGAUGUGUUCUGGUGCAGCCCAGGGCUUUUCCAGUGUGGUCCGCCGUGGCCCAGGGCUCUUCUGUUGGGAUCUGAUGUGGUCCAACGUGAUCCAGCGCAGUCCAGAGAUCUUCUGUUGGGGUCUGAUGUGGUCCAGUGUGAUCCAACGUGAUCCAGCACAGUCCAGAGAUCUUCUAUUGGGUUCUGAUGUGGUUCAGUGUGGUCCAACGUGAUCCAGCACAAUCCAGAGAUCUUCUAUUGGGGUCUGAUGUGGUCCAACGUGAUCCAACGUGAUCCAGCACAGUCCAGAGAUGUUCUGUUGGGUUCUGAUGUGGUCCAGUGUGAUCCAACGUGAUCCAGCACAGUCCAGAGAUCUUCUGUUGGGUUCUGAUGUGGUUCAGUGUGAUCCAACAUGACCCAGCACAGUCCAGAGAUCUUCUAUUGGGGUCUAAUGUGCUCCAACGUGAUCCAAUGUGAUCCAGCACAAUCCAGAGAUCUUCUGUUGGGGUCUGAUGUGGUCCAGUGCUCACCCAGUGCAGUCCAACGUGUGGCCUGAUGUGAUCUGAUGCAGCCCAGGGCUCGUCUGAUGGGGUCCAAUGCAUCCCAGCGCUCAUCUCAUGUGAUCUGUUGUGAUCCAGCGUGGUCCAGUGCUCAUCCAAAGUGGUCCAACGUGAGUUCUGAUGUGAUCUGACACAGCUGGAGUCUCUUUCCAACGUGGUCCAGGGCUCUUCUGAUGGGGUUCAGUGUGGCCUAGAGCUCAUCCUAUGCGAUCCAGCGUCGCCUGGUGCUCAUCCAACGCGUCCCAACGUUCAUCCAGUGCGACCCAGAGUUGUUCUCUUGGGAUCUGGUGGGGUCCAGUGCUCAUCCAGUGCAGUCCAAUGUGAGGUCUGAUGUGAUGUGUUGCAGCCCAGGGUUCUGAUGGGAUCCAAAGCAUCUCAGUGCCCAUCUCCUGUGAUCCAGCGUGGUCCAGCGCUCAUCCAAUGCAGCGCAGAGCUCUUCUGAUGGAUUCUGGUGGGAUCCAGUGCUGAUCCAAUGUGGUCCAACGUGAUCUGACGCAGCCCAGGGAUCUCCAGAUGGGAUCCAGCGUGGCCCAGUGCUCAUCUUAUGUGAUCCAAGGGGCUCCGGCACUCAUCCAAUGCACCCCAACGUUCAUCCAAUGAGCCCCAGAGCUCUUUGAAUGGGAUUUGAUAUGAUCCAAAGUGAGCUCUGAUGUGAUCUGAAGUCAUCUGAAAGGAUCCAACACAUCUCAGCACUCAUCUCAUGUGGUCCAGCAUGAUCCAACAUGGUCCAGUGCUCACCUCAUGUGGUCCAACGUGAUCUGAUGUGAUGGAGGACCCAUCCAACACGCCCCAACGUCCAUCCAACACAACCCAGGGCUCUUCUGAUGGGGUUUGAUGUGGUCCAGGGUUCCGACGUGAGCUCUGAUGUGAUCUGAUGUGAUGGAGGACCCAUCCAACGCGUCCCAACGUCCACCCAACGCAGCCCAGAGCUCUUCUGAUGGGGUUUGAUGUGAUCCAGUGGUUCGAAGUGAGCUCUGGUGUGAUCUGAAGUCAUCUGAAGGGAUCCAGCACGUGAUCUGACACAGCCCAGGGAUCUUCUGAUGGGAUCCAAUGCGUCCCAGUGAUCAUCUCAUGUGUUCCAUCGUGAUCUGAUGUGAUGGAGGAUCCAUCCAACGCAACCCAGAGCUCUUCUGAUGGGGUUUGAUGUGAUCCAGUGGUUUGAAGUGAGCUCUGGUGUGAUUUGAAGUCAUCUGAAGGGAUCCAACACGUCCCAGCACUCAUCCAAUGUGAUCUGAGACAGCCCAGGGAUCUUCUGAUGGGACCCAACGCGUCCCAGCACUCAUCUCAUGUGUUCCAUCGUGAUCUGAUGUGAUGGAGGACCCAUCCAACGCGUCCCAACGUCCAUCCGACACAACCCAGAGCUCUUCUGAUGGGGUUUGAUGUGAUCCAGUGGUCCGACGUGAGCUGUGAUGUGAUCUGAAGUCAUCUGAAGGGAUCCAGCACGUGAUCUGACACAGCCCAGGGAUCUUCUGAUGGGAUCCAACACGUCCCAGUGCUCCUCUCACGUGGUCCAACGUGAUCUGAUGUGAUGGAGGACCCAUCCAACGCAGCCCAGAGCUCUUCUGAUGGGGUUUGAUGUGAUCCAGUGGUUCGAAGUGAGCUCUGAUGUGAUCUGAAGGGAUCCAGCACGUGAUCUGACACAGCCCAGGGAUCUUCUGAUGGGAUCCAACGCGUCCCAGCACUCAUCUCAUGUGUUCCAUCGUGAUCUGAUGUGAUGGAGGACCCAUCCAACGCGUCCCAACGUCCAUCCGACACAGCCCAGAGCUCUUCUGAUGGGGUUUGAUGUGAUCCAGUGGUCCGACAUGAGCUCUGAUGUGAUCUGAAGGGAUCCAGCACGUGAUCUGACACAGCCCAGGGAUCUUCUGAUGGGAUCCAACGCGUCCCAGUGCUGAUCUCAUGUGUUCCAUCGUGAUCUGAUGUGAUGGAGGACCCAUCCAACGCAUCCCAACGUCCAUCCGACUCAACCCAGAGCCCUGCUGAUGGGGUUUGAUGUGAUCCAGCCCCCCGCCACCCCAUCACAGCACCCCACCACUCCAACCCUGCACCCCCCUGGACCCCCCGUUGCCCCCCGCCCCCAAUUGGGGGGGUCGUUGCCCCCACCUUCACCCCCUCGGAGGAAUCCCAGCGCUGAGCACUUACUUACAGAGCGGGGAGCAGCCCACCGUUCCCCAUUUCCGCUGGAUUUGGUGGUUUAUUAUUAUUGUUAUUAAUUUU